AUGUCUGCAAUAGGGAAAGUUUGGGAAGGUUGGGACCUUGCUGAGCUAAGAGACUUGUGGGAGCUUGCAGCUUAUUCUGACUCUAUUGACGCCUUCUACUCCAUCCCAGGAGAGACACACUAUGCAGAAUGUGGUCAACCUCUUCACCGGGACCGCAUUGUGGGGGGCUCUGACGCAUCUCUUGGAAAGUGGCCUUGGCACGUAAGUGUCAGCAGAAAAGGGAAGCAGCUAUGUGGCGGCACCCUCAUCUCCAAGUCCUGGGUCCUCUCUGCAGCUCACUGUGUGAUGUCCUCGCACUCUUUGUCUCUCAUUCCACCACAGCAAUUUACUGUUGCUGUGGGUUUGAACUCUCUACGGUCUUUAAUGCAAGACCCAGAUUUAUCAGAUGGCACGCUUCAGAGAGUGAAAGUGGCAGAUAUUCUGGUUCAUGAGAAUUACUCCAAACCUGUUCAUGGAAAUGACAUCGCCCUAUUGCAUCUUGCUGAGCCCGUCAACUUCACAGACUAUGUGCGGCCCAUUUGUUUGCCCCGAGCCAAUCACAGUUUCCCUCACGGAGCUUCCUGCUGGGCCACGGGAUGGGGAGAUGUACAAGAGAAAGAACCCCAAGCGAUCGAGUCGGGCUUGAUACUCCAGCAAGUAGAACUAAAGAUCAUUGGACCUAAAGAAUGUCAGUGUCUCUUCAACUACAAGGGUCCCUUCAAUAAAACCCGGAAAGUGUUACCUAUUAUGCUAUGUGCUGGCUACAAGGAAGGGAAAAGGGAUACCUGCCAGGGGGACUCAGGAGGUCCACUUGUCUGUGAGGAACAAGGCCAGUGGUUCCUGGCUGGAAUCACCAGUUUUGGGCAAGGCUGUGGGAGGAGGAACCGGCCAGGGAUCUUCACCAACGUGGUGGUCUUUGAAGACUGGAUCCAGGAACGAGUGGAAGAUGCCGUUUUUCCUGAGCAACCUCAGCCUAUCCCAAUGCCUUUGGUAAAAGAGUCUGACAAUUGCACCAUUGCCUUGCCAGAAUGUGGCACUGCUCCCAGACCCGGUGACUGGCCCUGGAAAGCUGUAAUAAUUACUCCGACAUCUAUACCCUGCCAUGGGGUGUUGGUAGCGGAGAAAUGGGUUCUUGCGCCAGCCAGCUGCUUUCUGGGCCUAAAAGAGGACAUCAGGAGCUGGCACGUGAUGCUUCCACCCAAAGCACAAAGGAUAUCCAUCCUCAGCAUACACUCAAAUGUCAACUACACACGGGAUUAUGAGUAUGACCUGGCCCUCUUGGAGCUAGCAGUACCGGUGUCUUUUACUGAGGAUACAAGGGCCGUGUGCUUACCCCGUCUGAAUCACCACUUUUUGCCUAGUAGCCAGUGCCAUCUGAUACAAUGGGGCCGGGGAGAGCCACCCAUGGCUUCCAGGUCCCUGCUGGAAGCUGAAAUGACCUCUAGCAGGUGGUGUUAUUGCCUCCAUGAUCAGGAGCAGGAGUUGGUACCCAGAUCCGGGGAGAAUCCUAAAAUCCUUUGUGCUGAGUACCAUGAAGAGGAGAAAACCAGAUGUUGGAUAGGAAGCCGCUGGGGUCUCCUGUGCGAGGAAUCGGGGUCCUGGUUUCUGGUGGGCAUCUCGAAGCCUCCAGAAGAUUGUCUUCGGCCUCGGGUCUUCUCCCCUCUACAACUUCGAAGUACCUGGAUCAAGCAUGUAGCCCUUACAUCCUACAUGGAGGAUCAGCUCAACUGGGAGUGGACGACGCCAUUGAACUUUGUACCGAUCUGUCCCCCCCAAACCAAGUUUGGAGCUUGUGGUAUUGAGUCAUACAAACAUAGGGACCCAUGGCCCUGGGUGGCAGAGGUGCACGGCGCCAGGGACGAAGUUUGCAUGGCCUCUCUGGUGAGCCCCGGUUGGGUCCUAACAGACACUCACUGUGUGGCCAGGCAGGGCUCCGUAGCAUCCCGUCUUCGGGUUAAACUGGGUAGAGCACAUUCCGGUACCCUGGGCCAGGUGUCGAGGCCGGUCAGCAGCAUCGAGUACACUGUGGGAUCUCCCCUAGUCCUACUGCAGCUAGAGACCAGGGUAGAAAUCUCAGCUUCUGCUCUGCCAGUCUGCCUCCAUUCUGGGCCAAUCUCAAAAGCAAUAAGCUGUUGGGUGCUAAGCUGGAAAGACUCUGUAAACCGAGUCCCUAUGGCGGUAAAGGUCUCCAUCUUGACCCUCCAAAAAUGCCCCUGCCUCAACAAGCACACCCUGCCUCUGGGAACCAUCUGCGUAGCCUAUGGCAAGAAAACAAUAAACAGAUUUGAGGCUGACUCGGGCUCAUCUCUCGUGUGCCAACAAACAUUUGAUUCCUUUGUCCUGAUGGGCAUUUCAAUAAGGGGAAGCCCAGAACUGUUUGCCCCAGUGGGAGUCCAGCAGCCUUGGAUCUCUCGGACUGUGAGGGAUGCACCUUUUGUGCAAUUCAGGCAGUGA